AUGAGUGAUGACAAAGGAAAACCUGACACUGGCAAUGAAAUUGAAUUUAACGGAGAAAAAGCACUAGCAAAAGCCCUUUGCAUAAACUCUACUCUAACUUCCUUAGACCUUUCUUACAAUAAUCUUAAUUUUGAAGAUGGAAAGGCUUUA